CUUUGACAACUAAAUCUAGGGAUUACAAAAAUUUUCACCUGGCAACACUGAUUUCAGUUGCGCUUGGGUCCUGCUGUGUUCUGUGACCUUGUGCUGUUGUAGUGGUUUUUUUGCAAAAUUGCAGUCUUGAUAAAAUGGAUUUGAAGACAAAAAUUGACGAUUUUCGUCAGUUACAAGCCCACCGUAAACUCCAACGGAACAAAAAGAAGGUACAACAGAACAACGGAACAAAAAUAAAAAUGCCUGCUUUUAAUGCAUUAAUCAAAGCUGAAGAAUUGCCUACAUAUCAGGCUGAUAUUACUGUCACACUUGGGGCUUCCAUAUCGAUUAUCGAACAGCACCCAUUCAAUUAUUGUCAUCCUCGAAGAAGUGUAUUGUUCAUCUCACACAAUGUGGAGACUUACGAUUCAGACGAAAAUACCAUAGAGAUCAAGUUUAAAGAAUAUUCUAAACUUCCUGAUACACAAAUAAUGUUUGUAACUGUUGGAGAACGACAGGAGUUUGAAGUAGCCUUCAGGACAUUCAUGGGCUAUAGACUUCCCAGCUGGUUACUGGGGAGAUUUCCCGGUUAACUACGUUACCGUCCACGGGGUCCUGACGGACCUUGAAAUUGACCUUAUCAUGGACCAUCUACCCCAGGACCUGCUCCUAGAGGCGGAGCGAAUAGAGCUCCAUAGGGAAGGUUUGCUGCCACAGGCCCCGUUGGCGCUAUACAAGAUAUUUGAAGUCAUCAAUGGGUCGCUCGCCAUCGGGUACGAUUACCCGAGGGGGGCAACCCUUUGUGUGGAUGUCUUUUUAUAAUUAACUUCUUUAUAUGUUAUCUUUUAAAAAUUGUUUAUUUCUUCAUAUUUUAUAAAAAUAUAUAUUUCCUUUGU